AUGCAACGGUGGAUGAUUUCUGCAGUAGACAACGACCCAACUUCUACUCUUUCGUCAAAAUCGGGGGAAGGAGCUAAAAAGUUGUUUGCUGGUUUGAAGCUUGGUCGUCCGUCCGGAGCUGGUUUGAAGUUCGAGGCUGCAACAACUCCAUCAGUUCGACGAGGCAUAAAGUCUCAGAAAGGUCCAUGGAGAAUGGCAGUAGAGGAGGAGUUCUUCUUCCCUGGGGAAGGAAUGCUGCGAACAAGGAAAAGGCCAUUGGAAGUAUUACAGGAAGCCCCUAUCAACCGCCUUCACCACAAUGAAUAUCCUUGCCUGGAAUUGCAGAGGGCUAAUAGUAGUACUAUGGAGAGAUGGCAACAGUCAUCUUCUUUUCAAAAAUCUUUUGUAAUAGAUGUAGCAGGUUUUAGUGGUGGACUUGCCUUAUUUUGGGUAGAUAGUGUGCAACUUACUGUUCUUAUGCACAAUGUAAUAGUAGCCAAAGUCUGCGAGACUUCAGGAACUAGUUGGCUAGCUGUUUUUUUGUAUGGCAUAUCUGCUAGGCAAGGUCGUGCCAAAUUUUGGACACAGCUAAAUGCCAAUCUUAGAUCCUUUGCUUAUCCUAAGCUUUUACUAGGAGAUUUUAAUCAGGUCAUUUCCCAGGAAGACAAGAGUGGUGGUAGAAUAAUAAUGGAUCAAGAUACAAGGCCAAUACAACACUUCUUGGCACAGAAUGAUCUUGAAGAGCUCAAACACAUUGGAUGUUGGGCAGAAACUCAGCUAUUCCCUGGUUUAGGUAUCAAAGUGAGUAGGCAUGCCCCAAGGAUCACACAUCUAAUGUACGCGGAUGACAGUUUGUUUUUUCUAGAUUGCAAGGAGUCCUCGGUUCAAGCUCUGGCAGGUUUGAUUGAAACGUAUGCCUCCUUUUCGGGUCAAAGGAUUAAUUAUCAAAAGUCCUCAAUUCUUAUUAGUCCUAAUACCCCACUCAACAUCAAGGCAGAAGUUCAUUCUACGUUACAGAUUCCUAAGGGUCAUUUUCAUGGUAAAUAUCUAGGGUUAUCACUGGACUUCAAAGAGAAAAAUAAGGUAUACAGGGCCAAAUACUGCAAUUCAGAAUCUUUUCCUCAACUCCAGACCCCAAAUGGUGCAACCUGGGGCUAUAAAAGUGUUUUAUGGGGUGCUAGACUUCUCCACCAGAACACAAAGUGGAAGGUCAUCUCAGGGAAAGACAUUAGGAUUCAUGAUAAUUGGAUCCUAGGUCAUGAUAACCCUAUCCAACAGGAUUCAAUUUUGGCGACACACUCCAAUCUAUUGGAGCUCAAACAACAUAAUGCCAUGAUGGCUAGAGUGCAAGCCUCUGGUUCCCUACCACAACAUUCUUCCAACAUCAAUGUCCAAGGGAAUGACUAUGCAGAAAUCGUCUUUGAUGCUUCCUUUAAUAAUCAUUCCAGGAAGGCUGCUAGAGCCUUGAAACUAACUUCAUCUAUGGAAGCUAAGGCAAGAGAUGAUAUUGAAUUGGAAGGUGAAAAAGCUGUUUAUGAGAAGAGGGCUCGGGUGUUUAUAAUGUGGGCGUUAGGUGGUAUACUCUUCCCCAACUCAACUAGCAAUACAGUUUCUUUGUAUUAUUUGCCAGUGUUAAAGGAUCUGAAGGGUUGUGCUAAACUUAGUUGGGGCGGUGCAUGUCUAGCCCAUCUUUACAAUAAUCUUUGUAAGGCAUCAAAUAGGACAAGUUGGGAAAUGGGUAGCCUUCGUCUUUUACAGCUAUGGGCCUGGGAGCGUAUCCCUUCGAUUCAACCAAGGAGAAAUACUGAUGAAGACCUUUUCAAGGAUCAUUCGUUCGGUGCAAGUUUUGCGGUGAAUGCCCUAGCUGUUGUGCCAGCAGAGAUGCCUACGGUGUAUCCCAGCCAAGUGCUCCUUCAAACUACUCCUAAAAGAGCCCGACCAGUUGCUAAACAUCGCAGGGCUAAUGUUCCUAAGGCUGGAAUUGGAGGAAGAAGAAAAACACCACAAGAUCCCCUCGAUGUAAGCAUGUUUCAGACUCCCUCUCCCAUGGAACAAGCUGCCACGGAACAAGAUUCCAUGGAACAAGCUGAGAAUAUAGAUAUUGAGGUUGAGUCAUUGGAGGAGCUGAAUAAGUUCUUUGUUGAAUACGAGCUUGCGUCGGGGCAGAAAAUAAAUAGGCAGAAAAGUGUGUAUCUUGUUGAUGACAAGUUUAGUGCCUAUAGAAGUCAGAUUAUUCAAAGAACACCAGCUAUUGAGCCUCCGAAGGGAAUUAUUGCUGCAUUAGAACACCGUUGUCAAGAAUGUUUGUGGCAAGGAACAGACGAUCAUACUUCUAUGGCUCUUCUUCAGGAUCAUUAUGUUAGCUUCAUGGAUGGAGAGGACAUUUUUGCUUGGAAGCCAACCACCUCAGGGGAUUUUUCUAUCAAAUCGGCUUUUGAGUCGAUACAACAACGGAAACUGGAAUCUGAGAUCUCUCGGAAUUAUUGGCAUAAGAUGAUACCAAUUCGCAUUUCUUUCUUCAUGUGGAAGUUUUGCAAUUCUUUGCUGCCUUUCCCCAGACUGAUUGUGGUCAAUUCGUCUAUGCUGAAUCUUGCUAUCAAGGCCAAUGGAGAUAGUUUUAUGGCUGAAACUUAUGGGUUGCUCUUUGGUCUUAGAAAAUGUGUGUUUCGAGGACUUGAGCGGGUGGAAAUUCAAACUGAUAAUCAAGCUCUUGCUAUUAUUUUGGUUAAUGGAGGACCUUAUCCUUGGUGA